GCUGCGGGCGCCAUGUCGGGCCGCUCGGUGCGCGCCGAGACCCGCAGCCGCGCCAAGGAUGACAUCAAAAAAGUGAUGGCGGCCAUCGAGCGCGUCCGCAGAUGGGAGAAGAAGUGGGUGACGGUGGGCGACACUUCGCUGCGGAUCUUCAAGUGGGUGCCGGUGGCCGACAGCAAGGAGAAAGAGAAAUCCAAAUCGAGUGGCGGCGUUGCUCGGGAGCCCAAUGGUUUCCCCGCUGACUCGGCUGCCAACUCCUCGCUGCUCCUCGAGUUCCAAGGUGCUGUUUCUGCAGAUGAGAACAGCAACCAGAGCUCCCUGUCAGACGUCUACCAGCUCAAGGUGGACAGCAGCCCUAACUCCAGCCCCAGUCCCCAGCAGAGUGAGUCCAUGAGUCCUGCCCACACAUCUGACUUCCGUACGGAUGAUUCACAGCCACCCACACUGGGGCAGGAGACUCUGGAAGAGCCCUCUCUGCCUUCCUCGGAAGUUGCUGAUGAGCCUCCCACUCUUACAAAAGAAGAGCCGGUCCCCCUUGAGACUCAGGUAACUGAAGAGGAGGAGGACUCUGGCGCACCGCCUCUGAAGAGAUUUUGUGCCGAUCAGAACUCUGUGUGCCACACAGCCUCGGAGAGCUAGCCUGCCCAUCCCCGGGGAGAGCCUUUGCCAGACCCUCGCAGAGCUGCCUGCCCUUCCCUGGGGAAUGGGGUGCUUCCCUGGCCUGCCCUUCCCAAGGGACAGGGCGCUCCUGCUGCCUCGCCAUCCAGCCUGCCCUGCCCUCGGGGGCAGGAGCCUCCCACCAGCCCCUACAGAGGCAGCCUGCAAGUGAUUUGCCCAUUUGAAUGGGGCUGCCACCAGUACCUGCAAAUUUGCCUCUAUUUAUUGGCUCCCACUCUCCCUGCUGAUCUGUGCUGUAGUGGCGUGGGGUCUCUGGUGCGUGGUCUGCAUGCGCAGGGGGAGGGAUCCUUGGGAUGCCCCGCUCUCCAUCACCCCUAACGCGCUGGCAGAUGCUGUUUGCCUGCUUCUGGAUCCACUGUCCACCCUGUCCCGCGUGCUGGGAACAGAAGAGCCAUGUCCCAUCUGCAGAAAGUGAUGUGUCUUCUCCCUUAUGACCGUAGUCUGGGGCGUUCCUGCUGUAGGUGCGAAGGGCAGAGGAGGGAAGGGGGAGCGCCCUGAGAAUGAAGGCAGUGGCCCUCCGUGCCGCUGGGACACCGUGCAAUAAGCUGCUACUAAGCCAUUGGAAGAGAGAGGAGCGCUGCCAUUUUGGAGGGCAGGUACUGAACACAUCAGCCGUGCCUGCCGCUUCUCUGCCUCCAGGCCCUCACAGAAGCUUCUGCCCUCGCAGGACAGGCAGGGGCUGGAGUGAUGUGGGGCUGGGAGGGAGCGGGGCUGCCGGCACUGCCGUGUCCCAGCUGGUCCUGCACCCUGCUCCUCCUGCCCACCGUGCUCCCCAGGUACGCCCUGUCCCCUCUGGACAGGACACAGGAGGGUGCAGGAACCCCUGGAGAGCCCUCCCGUGCCCCCAUUCCCUGCUCCCCGCACCGGCACCCCGCUGGGCCCCCCCCGCUGCCACUGCAUGUCCCGCCAUCUGUGAUCGAGCCUGGCGAAGCUGAAGGCGCGGCCGCGCGUGGAAGUGGAAAGAUAUUUUAGCACUGAAUAGAAUAUUUUUAAAAUUAAACUAUUUGAAAUACAGUGCUCAGUGACUGCAGGGUGCGCGGGCAACAGGUGCUGCUGGGGUAGGGGCUCGGGAGCAGAUGGUGGGCAGCGCCAGGCUGAGCCAAGGAGAAGUGCCCUGCUCCCAGCCUGAGCUCAGUGCCAGCACUGCGGGCUGCUCCCGGCCAGGCCUGAUGCUCCCCAGCGUGGUGUGGGCUGGGGCCUUGGGGCUUUGCCUUGUGCGGGGCUGGUGCUGUUACCCUGCUGGUGUGGUUGGGCUGGGAGUGGAGGCUGCAGGGCCUCACCGUGGGCAGCUGGGCUCCUCCAGACUGCAUCCCUGUGAGCUGCCCUUAAAUCCAGUGGUGUCACACACAGCCAUAGUCCUGUAGCAAAAUGUGCGGUGCUUGUGCUAAACGUGAUGAGACAGAAAUCUGACGUUAUUCCAUAGCUACAGCUGUGCCUGAGCAUUCUGAGAAGCCAGGAGAGGCUGCUGCUCUGUCAGGUCACCCAGAGCAGCUCUGCAUGCAGCCGAGAUGUCGGAGCACAGCUGUGUGAUGGCAGAUGCACACAGAGCCGUCCAGACCCAAAGAGCUGCGCAGGGGGAGCCGCCCUGAGCACCCCUGCCUGUCUGCACACCCCAGGCCCUGGGUUUCCCACCUCAGCCUUACCUUAUGCGAGAGGGUCCAUUCAAUUAGGUUAAUUAACACAACAUGUCCACAGGUAUCUUUGCGGUAGUCUUUGGUUUGUCUUUGUGCAUUGCAAAGAAUGAUUCUUAUUUUCCAGUUUAUUAAAUUGAAUGUAUAAAUCUAA